CAUUAAAAACCUAGUAAGCAGAGACUUAGCAGAGAGGUAUAGCCAAAACCCUAGUCCUUGAGUUUAUGCCCAUCGAUCUCCGGUAAGCCCUCAACAAACCUUCUUCUCUCAUUGCCACAAGCCCUAUCCGUCUAUUCUUGCUCGGAAAAAAUUUGGAAACUGACCGGAAAGUUAUUGGAUUAUAGACUUUGUGCUUUCUUGCGGCGUCUAAUGGAUGAUCUUGAGAAAGCAAUUCUUAUUAUGUUUGAUGAGUCGGGGGCUGUUGAUGAUGGAUUGAAGAAACGGGCUAAAAAUUUUUGCAAUGAAAUUAAGGAGAAGUCAUCAAUUUGUCGUUUGUGUAUUGAAAAAUUAUGCUUUUCAAAUCUUGUUCAAGUGCAGUUUUGGUCUUUACAGACAUUACAGGAAGUUAUUCGAGCUCGAUACUCGUCAAUGAGCGCGGAUGAGAAGCAUAUGAUUAGAAGCUCUGUAUUUUCUAUAGUGUGUUUUGAAGGGAUCAAUGACAGCAAGCUGGUGAGGGUUUUAGAAGGCCCCGCUUUUAUUAAGAAUAAGCUUGCUCAGGUUUUGGUCACUUUGAUUUACUUUGAGUACCCGCUAAUUUGGUCGUCUGUAUUUGUGGAUUUUGUCCCUCAUUUGAGCAAAGGGAAUGCGGUGAUAGACAUGUUCUGUCGGGUUUUGAAUGCCUUGGAUGACGAACUGAUUAGUUUGGACUAUCCGCGGACCCCUGAAGAAUUGGCUGUUGCUGGGCGGGUUAAGGAUGCGAUGAGGGAGCAGUGUGUUGCGCGGAUAGUGGGAGCCUGGUAUGACAUUGUGUCUAUGUUUAAAAAUUCUGAUCAAGAACUUUGUACUAGUGCAUUAGAUUCCAUGAGAAGGUAUAUUUCGUGGAUUGACAUCAGGUUGAUUGUGAACGAUGCUUUUGUUCCUCUACUAUUUGAUUUGAUUUUGGUUGGUGGACUGCCGGAUCAACUUCGUGGCGCAGCUGUCAGAUGCUUGUUAGCAGUGGUCUCUAAGCGAAUGGAAUCACAACCUAAACUUUCACUGUUGCAGAGCCUUCAAAUUAAUCGCAUAUUUAGAUUGAUAGCAGAGGAUAGUGAGUCUGGGUUGGUUUCUGAUAUAGUGGCAUUACUCACAGGGUAUGCAGCUGAGGUUUUGGAUUGCUUUAAGCGUAUAAAUUCUGAGGUUGCUAAAGGAAUCUCGAUGGAGCUUCUAAAUGAAGUGUUACCCUCAGUUUUCUAUGUAAUGAAGAAUUGUGAGGUAGACACUACAUUUAAUAUCGUUCAGUUUCUUUCGAAUUAUGUUUCCACUUUAAAAAGCGUUACUCCUUUGGGGGAGAAACAACUACUUCAUGUGGGACAGAUAUUAGAUGUGAUUUUAUCGCUGAUCUGUUAUGACCCUGGGUACCGAAAUCAUCUUGAUGUUUUAGAUAAAAUUGGGAAGGAGGAGGAAGAUAGAAUGGUAGAGUUUAGAAAGGAUUUAUUUGUCCUUCUUCGAAGUGUGGGUCGUGUUGCACCUGAAGUGACGCAAUUGUUUAUCAGAAAUUCAUUAGUAAAUGCUAUAUCAUCUACCUCAAACAGCAAUGUUGAGGAGGUGGAAGCUGCGCUUUCUCUUGUAUAUGCACUUGGAGAGUCAAUUAGUGAUGAAGCCCUGCGGACUGGGAGUGGUAUGUUGAGUGAGCUGGUGACUAUGCUUUUAUCAACAAGAUUUCCUUGCCAUUCUAAUAGGCUAGUUGCUCUCGUGUAUUUGGAAACAAUAACAAGAUAUAUCAAGUUUGUUCAGGAUAAUGCCCAGUAUAUUCAUAUGGUUCUUGCUGCCUUUCUUGAUGAAAGAGGCAUACAUCAUCCUAACAUCAAAGUAAGCCGAAGGGCCAGUUAUUUGUUUAUGAGGGUUGUAAAAUUGCUAAAAGUGAAGCUGGUUCCUUUCAUUGAGACAAUUUUGCAGAGCCUACGAGAUUCUGUUAUGCAAUUCACCAGUUUGGAUUAUACAACAGAAGAGCUAUCAGGGUCAGAAGAUGGCAGCCACAUUUUUGAGGCAAUUGGGUUAUUGAUUGGAAUGGAAGAUGUCCCACUUGAGAACCAAUCUGAUUAUCUAUCAUCCUUGCUCAGUCCUCUUUGUCAACAGGUUGAGGCAUUGCUCAUCAAUAGCAAGUUAUUGAGUGUAGAGGAGACUAAUGCCAAGGUUGCUAUUAUCCAGCAAAUUAUCAUGGCAAUUAAUGCUCUCAGCAAGGGCUUCAGUGAGCGUCUUGUAACUGCCAGUCGCCCUGCAAUUGGUCUCAUGUUCAAGAAGACAUUGGAUGUGCUUCUCCAAGUUCUUGUUGUCUUUCCAAAAAUUGAACCUUUGCGAAGCAAGGUCACGUCUUUUAUACAUCGUAUGGUGGACACACUAGGAGCAUCUGUCUUCCCAUACCUUCCAAAGGCAUUGGAGCAGUUACUUGCAGAAAGUGAGCCAAAGGAAAUGGUCGGUUUUCUGUUGCUAAAUCAGCUUAUCUGCAAGUUCAAUGUUAUGGUGCGUGGCAUUUUGGAGGAAAUAUUUCCAGCUGUUGCUGGUAGGAUAUUUAAUGUUAUUCCAAGAGAAACAUUACAUUCUGGUUCUGGAGCAAUCACUGAGGAAAUUCGUGAAUUGCAAGAACUUCAGCGAACAUUGUAUACGUUGCAUGUGAUUACUACACAUGAUUUAUCUUCAGUUUUUCUUUCCAAAAGUAUUGCAUACAUGAAUCAAGUGAUGCAGUUGCUCUUAUACUCUCUUUGUAAUCAUAGGGAUAUUCUCGUGAGAAAGGCUUGUGUACAGAUCUUUAUUAGAUUAAUUAAAGAUUGGUGUGCCCACCCUUAUGAAGAGAAGGUUCCUGGUUUCCGUAACUUUGUGAUUGAGACAUUUGCACCAAACUGCUGUUUGCACAGUGUGCUUGACAGAUCUUUUGAGUUCCAUGAUGCAACACUGUAA